UUGUAGAUUGGAACCGGGAGAGAGAGAACUCUGUUACUUGCUCCGUCUCCAACUUUCAGAGGAAGUUACCACCUCUUCCCCAGACCCUGUACACAUACUCAGGCAAACACACGCUCCCUUCAGGACUUGACCACAGCAGCAACAGAGCAACAGUCAAGGCUGCUUUUAAUGCCGUGCUCUUUUUUUCCUUUUCUCUAAUUCAAAAUUUGGAGGGAAGGAAGAUUAAGAUUUGCAGUUUGCUUUCUGCGAGGACUGAACAGCUUCUCUCAAGAGUGACGGUUUAGAGAGAUGCUUGGUUUUGGGAAAACCUUCCUGUGCUACAAAGUCUGAUAUCUGGUCUUCAUCACAGCGAGUCUGGGUGGCCAAAUCAACUAUUUAGCCUGAAGACCAAAGAUCACAAGCCGUGAUCCAACAGCAGAGAGAAAAGAGGAGCGUGAUAAUUUUUCAUCUGUUCUCCAACUUCUCAGAACAAUAUGAACUGGAACUGAAGCUCCAUAGUUUCAUUUUUGUGGUGUAAAAGAAGAAAACCGAGUCACCAUGGAUGUGAAGAAAAAGGAAAUGGACCUCCUAAGUAACAGCAUUGCUGCCUAUGCACACAUCAAAGCAAAUCCAGAGAGUUUUGGCCUUUACUUUGUGCUUGGAGUGUGUUUUGGCUUGAUACUCACACUCUGCCUACUGGUGAUUCGGAUCUCCUGCAAGCCACGCACUACCAUUACCCCCUCCACUCCUGAGAAAAAAAACUUAAAGGACAUCAACGAGGAGGAUGAGGACAGUGAUGACGAUGAUGAAGAUGAAGAAGUGGACGAUGUAGAGGCGACUGUUCCGUUGCCCACCACAGAAAUCUCUGUUGGCAAUCACACCAGCCAGUCGGAUGGGACACUGAGCGUGAAUGUGUUUACUUCAGCCGAAGAGCUGGAGCGUGCACAGCGACUGGAGGAGAGGGAACGCAUCAUCCGAGAGAUCUGGAGGAACGGCCAGCCAGAUAUCCUGGGGACAGGAACGGGAACUAUUGGAAGAGUGCAUUACUACUAAGAAACAUGAGGCUAAGGAAAGUGAGCCCUGAGGAAAUGAGACAUAGACUUUUCGGUGGGCCUGGUGUCCCUCAAGCCCGAAAGCCUGCGUUAGAUACAAAGUGACUGGAUAUUAGUCAUAUUUGACAUACUUAGCUCUGACAGAGCAGACUGAGAUAUUGCACUUCUUAUGUAGCAUUGAUAAAUCUGACUGAUUAACCAAACCAAUGGAGGUCUCAAGGACUGAAUAAUUCAUAUGGAAGAGAUGUGGAGUGAAUGUGGGGAAUGAUGGGACACUUGAAGUAAUCAGUCUAUUAAACUUGGUGCUUAAUUACAGAAAUGAAAAGUAGAUUUGUGUAUGUAAUAAAUGAAAAAUGAAAGUGUCAAUAAGUAAAAAAGAACUGUUUGUUUAAACAAAGACUAUUUCCACUAACAAUUCUCACAUUAUAGGAUAAUGAAUUUGCAGGAUAAAUCAAAGCACUUCAUGAGCAUAUAUACGUGUAUUCAACAACAUCAGAUACUGAAGUCCAAAGGUAUAUACUGAUCAGCUUCAAAAUGAAACUCUAUCUAAUUGUUGAUGUUCUUCCUGCACUGCUAAAACAGCUCUGAAAUGUGGAAGAAUAAAUACCACGUUUGUAAGGCUUACUGGGAUGGGAGGAACAGGUACUGAAUUUUAAAAUAAAAUCCAGACCUCAAAGUUUUUCAGGAAGAACAUUAGUAUUGCAACAUGAUAUCCAGUGCUAUUGAUAUAUUAAUGCUGUGGCUGAUCAGUGUGUACAAAUCUAAUAGAUCUAAUCAUGUAAAAAAAAAUAAAAAAUAAAAAAUAAAUAAAUAAAUAAAUAAAUAAAUAAAUAAAAUAAGCAAACAUGUCAAAAUGUCAGAAAAACAUAACAAGAAUCACUACACCUUUGGGCCAUAAAUAUAUUUUCAAUAAUAAUAAUAAUAAAGAUGGAGAAAGAUCACUUUUGCCACUUUUAUUUCUCAAUUUCUCAAAUUUAAACAAAUACAGUGUGAAAAUAAAAGAAUUUUGUCACAAACGAUCUUGUGAUGUUUGCUGCUUUUUACAGCCUGUUUUAAUCUGAUCUGUAAAGGGAGUGACUCAGAAAGAAAGAAAGAAAGAAAGAAAGAAAGAGCAAAGUAUAAUUUAUAACAGGAGAAAGGUUUCUCACAUUUGUGCUUGAUGCACAUUUGUUCUUGAUACAACUAUUCAGUUUGGCUCUUGGCCACUUUAACACAGUUUUCUUUCAUCCGCUGACAUCCGGAAACUACAACAGCUAAUGUUUCCCUCCACAAAGCUAAGUAGCCUGCUAGCUUUUUAGUCUAAUACAUGCUAACUCUGCUACCUGUUGCCACUGCCUUUGCAGUCGAAGCUGAAGCAGGGUUGGAAUAAGGCUCUUGGCCAGGUUCCAUGAACUCUGUGGUCUACACCACAGACCUCUAGUGCUAAGAUUUGUCUGACAUGUUCAGCGUCUCUGGAACAUGAAUCUUUUCAACUUAUGUGACCUGUUGGUUUUACACGUUUAACUUCAAAUUAUUCCAUAUAUGUAAGAUGGGCAUUAGGAUGUUGCGUGAACAUGCUAGCUUGUUAGUGCAGCACUGAGCUGUUAGGCUGUUCACCUGCAUUUUUUUUUUGUUUUGUUUUUUUUGUUUUUGAUUGCUUGUCUGUUUUUUCGGAGCUGCCUGAUAAUAUCUGCUAAAACUGCUCAUUUUUUGGUUGAUAACCUUUUAUAUGCUCGUGGCUAAUUUCUUCUCCUGCAACCCAAUCCUAAUUUACUUUCUACUACAAUGCUAACCUGCUAACCUCUUCUCUUAUUCUGUUGACCUCAUGGUUGUCUUUCUUGGUGCUUUUACUGUUUCAUAUGCCCAUUAUGAUUUUUUUUUUUCGUGCUUUUGAUUCAGAUUUAGAGAAAAAUAAUGGCAGUGUUAAUGGAUGAAUUGGUUUUGGAUGCCUCCUGUGGUGGAGAGGGUCUCCCAUAGCUCCCUCCAAGUCUGGGUCACUGCUGUAAACUUGGAUGUAGUUAUUAGCCAGUUAUUAGUGAAAAUGAAAUUGAAUUUAAUCCAACGAUGACGCUUGCAACCUUCUGCUGCACUCAUUGCCCAGUUUCUCUGGACUAGGUUGUAUGUUGGAGGUGUUUUGUUUAGAGCUGACCACAGAGGCCAUUAGCAUGGCUCAUGCACACAAGGUGCUUACUUGGCAGCCUAAUUCCAUCUGUGGUCUCGUGCAGGGUAAUGGCCCCAAACGCUUCACAUAAUGACUAAAGUCAGACUCUGUUUCUAAUGUGGUCUUCAGAGACGUGCUAUCAUCACUCCCACAGCUCAGCUGCUCUGAAUUUCAGAGCUUAGAUGUCCAAUAUCAACUCUGUGUAUUAGUGUAAUAAAUCUGUUCCAUGUGAGUUUAUAGCUUGGAACAAUGUUUGGUUGCCAGUAAAGACUUACAGAACAUUGAUGAAUUGUCCACACUGGUGGUGUGUUUGUGUUGAAUAUUAUCACAAGUCACCCUUCAGCGGUUUGGUGAUUUACAAUAAAUGUUAGCAUGAAUUCUUGACACAUCUGUAAAUCCAUAGAGAGGGUUAGUAUGCACUAAAAUACACAUCAUUGUAAGGCAAUAAUAUUCCUUUUUUUGGGCACCCUGAAGCCGGUCUGGUCCUUGUGCUGCAGGACCAGAUAGGGCUCAGGUUUGCCUUCGGGUCUCCGAUUUCUGAUAGCAUCUUCUGUGUUGAGGUCUUGGAAAAGGUUCUCCUGUGGUCAGUGGCUUAGAGAAAUUAGUAGCUUUGAUUGUGUGCAGUCCUUUUAAGAGUCCAAAAAAUAUCUUUUACUAGAGUCACGACUAAAUAUUGUGAACAGUGUCAUUUUCAUUUUGCUUAGGGCAAUUAGAUCCAACAUAUAUAUGUGUAUUUUUUACAUAGGUAAAGUUAAGUCAACAUCAACAUGAUUGAAAUCUAGUAACCAAAGCCAUAACUGAACUUAUUUGACUUCAAAGUUUAAACAAUAAGAAAAUAUAUCUGUAUGGAUACCUCAUUAAAGGUGACGUCUUUAAUUUACGAUUAAACAAUGAGGAAAAAUAUGAUAAUAGGUUUACAGUUUGGUCUUCGAGAGGGGGAGGUGGUGCUCAUAAGCACUGAGCUGCCCUUUACUUGGCUUCUGGAAGCUGGACACUCAGUAGGAAGUGGGCUUCUAGGGAGGAGGGGAUGUUUAAAGACACUUACUGGAGCUAAUGUUACUGCUGUUUCAGGCGAUGGCUCAACUAAGGGGCUAUAGAGCAGGCAUUAUGAAAUGAUGUGCUUUUUAAUUGUGCAAAGCUUCACGGUUCUAAAGUAAAAAAUAGCUGAGCCGAGAAUCAGAAUACAAUGUUCCUUUUAAGCUUAGAUCACAAAUCUGUACAAGCUGUACAAAUCCAGAUUUGUUUCAGCAUCUGUCUCGCUUUCUUUGUCAACAUCUUUCAUUAUUUCUAAAUUUAACUUGGGAAUUUUUUUUGUGUGUGUGACCUCUGGGCUCUGAUAACUUUUUCACUACUCCAUUUUCAGUGCUCUCUACAGAGUUUAAAUUCCACCAGUGUUACUGUACACUGUGCUGAGUUUACCAUCUAAGACGGAGGAAUAAAGUAUCUGUGCAGAUAUUCCACUUUAUUGGUGUAUCUCUGGUGUAAGAAGAACUUACCUUGUAUAAACAUUUAAAUCACAUGCAGUUCUUCACAGAGAGGACAUUAUUGUUUUUAGAUAUCCUAUGAAAGGUUUCUGCACUGUCAGCAGACUCUUUGUUUUACUGUUUGUCCAUAAAGGAACACAUCAAUAAUGGGCAUGAUUAAUUAACAAUAUUUUUUUGUUUCCACGAGAGUUUCAGAGCUUGAUUCCUAAAUAGCUCCAGGUAUUGUUCAUAUAUGUUCUUCACAGAGACACUACCAUAAGCAUGUUGUGAAGACUGCAUUGUCCAAAGCUGUUCCUGCGAUGGGUGUAAUAAUUUCUCAAUAAUUUUCCUCCCAUGUGUUCUGCAUCCACUGAUGAGUCACCUUUUGGUGUUUUAAGAGUGAGUCAGUGUUUCUCCGACACAAACUGACCACAAACUCCUGGUGCAUUAAAUCACAGUUUUAUUUCUUUUCUUUUCCUUUUUUCCCCCUCUUAAGGCACUAUCCAUUAACAUGAGCCACUCGCUUAAAUCUUAAAUGUUAACACAGUUACUGUUUGGAUGAAGAAUGUAUUUCUUUCUUCUAUUUUUCCUUCUCCAAUGUGAGGUUAUUUUGCCAGGGCAUUUCCAUAAAUCCCAGCAAUCACAGAAAAACUUAACACCUUAUGUAAAAAAAAAAAAAAAAGUCAAAUACGGCCCCCUAGUGGAUCUUU